AGUUACGCCGGAUGUUCCUACGUUGGGAAUGGAACCAAUGCGGAGGGUGGACUUUGGUUCUGCCAGGACACGGCGGAGACGGGCAAGAACUGGGCGGCGCUGUUGAUCCUGGUGGUCAUCGGUGUCACCGUGACGGGCAACAUCCUGGUCAUUCUGGCAGUGUCGCUGGAGAAGAAGCUCCAGAAUGCGACCAACUACUUCCUGAUGUCGCUGGCAGUGGCGGACAUGCUUUUGGGCAUAUUGGUCAUGCCGGUCUCCAUGGUGACAAUCCUCUAUGAUUACGGCUGGCCCCUGCCGUCUGAGCUGUGUCCCGUGUGGAUCUAUCUGGACGUGCUGUUCUCUACAGCGUCCAUCAUGCACCUGUGUGCCAUCUCGCUGGACCGCUACAUCGCCAUACGGAACCCUAUCCACCACAGCCGCUUCAACUCGCGCGCAAAGGCCCGAAUCAAGAUCGCAGCUGUGUGGACCAUCUCGGCCGGCAUCUCCAUGCCAAUCCCAGUGAUGGGUCUGCGCGACCAAUCCAAGGUGUUCAAGGACGGCAGUUGCCUACUGACGGAUGCCAGUUUUGUACUAGCUGGCAGCUUGGUGGCAUUCUUCGUGCCGCUCACCAUCAUGGUGGUCACCUAUUUCCUGACCAUCCGCGCCCUCCACAAAGAAGCCACCAUCUGCCUGGAUCAGCUGGUGCCACGUCCGAAGUGGGGCACCGGCUCCGCCUUGGUGCCGGGCUUCUUCCCGCAGGCCUCGCUGUCCUCCGAAAAGCUGGUACGACACGAAGCAGGGGGCGCUCCUUCGGCUCACUCCUUUGGGCGGCGCACCGCGCAAUCCGUUAGCAAUGAACAGAAGGCGUCAAAGGUGCUUGGAGUGGUCUUUUUCCUUUUUGUGGUCAUGUGGUGCCCCUUCUUCGUCACCAAUGUUCUGGUGGCAGCGUGCGACGCAUCGGCCUGUGACGCCACCCUCGCUGGGGGGCUGCUUAACAUCUUUGUGUGGGUGGGCUACCUGUCGUCCGCCGUCAAUCCGCUGGUCUACACGCUAUUCAACGAGACAUAUCGCGCCGCCUUUUUACGCUACCUGCGCUGCCGCUACGCGCCGCCCGCCAAGAAGCCGCUGCAACUCAUUCUAGUCAACACCAUCCCCCCCAUGGCGUACCCCUCGGUACAGGGCUUAGGCAAUGGAGCCCCGCGCCCCGAUUUCCCAUUCGCCGGACAGGAACGACAACCCCGAGUAAAAAAAACAGCACACGAGGACGAAAGCCGCGUGUGA